GAAGGCGCCUGCGGGCCGCCCGGCUCCACCCAUGGCGGGGGCCGCACCGGCCACGGCCUGGGGCCAGGCGGUGAUCGGGCCCCCGGGCUCGGGGAAGACCACGUACUGCCUGGGCAUGAGCGAGUUCCUGCGCGCGCUCGGCCGGCGCGUGGCGGUGGUGAACCUGGACCCGGCCAACGAAGGGCUGCCGUACGAGUGCGCCGUGGACGUGGGCGAGCUGGUGGCGCUGGGCGACGUGAUGGACGCGCUGCGCCUGGGCCCCAACGGCGGCCUGCUGUACUGCAUGGAGUACCUGGAGGCCAACCUGGACUGGCUGCGCGCCAAGCUCGAGCCCCUCCGCGGCCACUACUUCAUCUUCGACUGCCCCGGGCAGGUGGAGCUCUGCACGCACCACGCCGCCCUCCGCAGCAUCUUCUCCCAGAUGGCACAGUGGGACCUCAGGCUGACAGCUGUCCACCUUGUGGACUCUCACUACUGCACAGACCCAGCCAAGUUCAUCUCAGUUCUCUGCACCUCCCUGGCCACCAUGCUGCAUGUGGAACUGCCCCAUGUCAACCUCCUCUCCAAGAUGGACCUUAUUGAGCACUAUGGGAAGCUGGCCUUUAACCUGGACUAUUACACAGAAGUCCUGGACCUCUCCUACCUGCUUGAGCACCUGGCGUCUGACCCUUUCUUCAGUCACUACCGUCAGCUCAAUGAGAAACUAGUACAACUCAUCGAAGACUACAGCCUAGUCUCUUUUAUCCCUCUGAACAUCCAGGACAAGGACAGUAUCCAGCGAGUCCUACAGGCUGUGGAUAAAGCCAACGGCUACUGUUUUGGGAUUCAAGAGCAGCGAAGCCUGGAGGCCAUGAUGUCUGCUGCGAUGGGAGCUGACUUCCAUUUCUCCUCCACUCUGGGCAUCCAAGAGAAGUACUUAGCAUCCUCGGACCAGACAGCAGAGCAGGAAGCCAUGCAACUGUAACAGCUGGGGCUGGGUGAUGGGCAGCUGGGUACGGAUCCAGAAGCUGUGUCCAGCCAGAGCAGAGGCUGGGAGGAAGCAUCCAUCCCCGAUGAGGACUUUUGGAUAAAAAGCCAGGCAUAUCACCCUCAGUGGUAUCUUCAAACUCAGAGCCCUGCUCCCACGAGAUGCUACCUAAGUUGAGGACUGGCUCUACUUGGGCUGCUGCGGUGGGAUGUGCUAUGAUAUGAAAUUAUUUUCUACUUUUUGUGGGCUUCAAACUUGUCUUCAACCCUUGGGAACCAAGGGUUUGGAGCAGAACAAAGGAAUGUCUCUGUCCCUGCAAAUAGUCCUA